AGUCUAGUGCACGCUGCUCGACGCGCUACACGGUCCCGCUCUUGCUUGUCCGCGCGCUCAAUCGUGCUAACAGUUGUAGUGAAAGAUAAAGAGACAAUAUCUCCGAACUAAUAUAGUUCCUCAAGUGAUACAGUGAAAAUGAUCUAACAUUUUAUUGUGAUUCCCGACUUCCAAUUAGAAAGAAAAAAAUGUUUACCGCGUUGUGACAUUUUUGACAACUUAAAGAGCUUCGUGUCAAGUUCUGUGCUGUCUCUUCCUGGUCAUCAGCUACGUGGGUCGGGGACUUGACGGAGUGUUUGGCCGCUUACAGAACCUCCUCCUCCUCUUCCUUCUUUUCCUCCUCCUCCUUCUCCUACCUUUCCUCCUCCUCCCUCUUCUCCACCUCCUCCUCCACCUCCUCCUCCAUCCUCCAACAGCAGCCUCCGCCAUGAUUCUCCCAGCUUGGUUUAUUCGCUUCCGGAAGGACUUGACAACUAAGGAAUUCGCUCCCAUAAAGCUCCUCUUUUUCCUUAUCUAUGGAGCGUCCAUGGCCAUGUUCCCUUUCCUCACUCUCCAAGCGCGGUCCCUGGGCAUCACGGAGAAAGAACUGGGCAUUGUUUACGCUUUCACGCCAGUCAUCGCCAUCAUCGGCCCGCCCAUGACAGGCAUGAUUGCGGAUAAGAUUGGCAAUUUUAAGAUAUUCCUCAGCUUCACAAUGGCGGCGAGCGGUGGAGCUGCCCUUGUGUUUUCCGCCGUCCCCGCCGCCCGCAUCCACCACGCCCUUCCGGAGGUCCUUCCCUACACGGUUACCUGCGGCGGGAGUGAGGGCUCGAGGCUCACGCUGAAGGAGCCCUUUGAGUGUGAUUACUUGGCCGAUCUCGACACCGUGUUGUUCAAUGUUACGAGCUGUGAACCAUGUCGGUCGGACGGCCUCACGGACUCCGAGCUGCGCCUGGUGACGACCCCCUGCCCGGGCGGCCUCGGGACCAACUGCGAGAUCUCUCUGCCACCCGGCGUGUCCCCUGUGCUCGCGGCGAGGGUGCCCCAGGGGGAUGCCAACGCCAGCCUCCUCGAACCCCUGGACUGGACCUGCCCUGGGCCCGGAGAGCAGGGAAUCCCCUUGGACGCCGACACCAAAUCCGCGUACGACGUCGCCUCCACGACCCUCGCCUCCAACGACUGCCGCCUCCGGUGCGUGGCGGAGGUGAGGCGGGUCGACCUCUGCUCCAACGACAAGACCACGCAGGUGCUGAAGCCUAUGGUGACCUUCUGGUGCUACCUGCUGGUGCGGGUGCUCAACGGGCUGACCUUGGCCACGAGCUUCACCCUGUUCGACGGCGCGACGAUGGCGGUGCUAAAGGAACACAAGGGCGAUUACGGUCUCCAGCGUCUCUACGGGAACAUCGGGGCCAUCGUGAUCACCCCCUUGUCCGGCGUCCUUAUCGAUGUCUUCUCGGAGAUCCGCGGGAGCCAGGACUACAGACCGGCUUUCUACCUCUACUGCGGUCUCAAGAUCAUCGCCGCCGUCGUCAUCAUCUUCCUGAGUCUGGACUUCCGACAGCCUUCCAACCAGGUGUUUAGUGACUUCAAGGUGCUCAUCAGAAAACCCGAGAUUCUCACCUUCCUUCUCGUCAUGAUGAUUUCAGGCACCUGCUUCGGUCUGCUGGACACGUUCCUCUUCUGGCUCCUGCAGGACCUCGGCGCCAAGAAGUUCCUGAUGGGGAUCACCGUCACCGUGGGCAGCAUCGCGGGCGUCCCAACCCUCAUCGCUUCCGGCUGGAUCAUGGGCAGGCUGGGGCACGCCAACACCAUCAUUCUGGGUUACGCUUUCUACGUCAUUAGGAUGUUCGGCUACUCCUUCAUCCAGAACCCGUGGUGGUGCAUGCCCUUCGAAGUCCUCGAAUGCUUCACCGUCUCCCUCAUGGGCGCCGCCGCUGUGUCCUAUGCGAGCGAGUUGGCGACGCCGUCCACGCUCGCCACUCUCCAGGGUCUCUACGGCGGCAUUCACUACGGCGUCGGACGCGGACUGGGCAGCCUCCUCGGCGGGUUCAUGAUCGGUCCCCUGGGCAUCCGCAACACCUUCAGGCUCAUGGGCAUCUUGUGCGCCGUCACCUGCAUCACCUACUUCGUCGUCAACCACAUCUGCUUCCGGAAGCUCCAGAACCAGCGGCGAGAUGAGAAGAAGGAGCAGAAGAAGGCCGAAGAAGCCGAAGAAGGGAACCCGAAGGAGACCAAGGGUGACCUGAAAGAGAUCAAGGGCGAGCUGAAGGAGAUCAAGGACGACCUGAAGGAGACCAAGGGCGACCUGAAUGAGACCAAGGGCGACCUGAAUGAGACCAAGGGCGACCUGAAGGAGACCAAGGGCGACCCGAAGGAGAGCCUGUCCCUUGAGGCGCUCGAGGCUGUCGAGAAUGGCGUCAAGGCGAUACCGAAUGGCAAGGAAACCAAGGUGCCAUAAAGGUCUUUUUAUCUUCCCCAGAAACUUCUGUGAAAAACAAACAAACACAGUUCCCUACGCACAGAUAAAACGAAACACGGCCACAAUAAACAGAGAGGGAGGGAGAGAGAGAGAAAAGAACAAAACCCGGUAUUCACUUCAUCUGAUGAGGAAAGUCUCAAUGGUUCGAAACGUGGCGACACCGACUCUCUGUUUCUGUUGUGACUGUUCUCGUUUUAUCCCCAUUUUCAGUAAAUGUCAUACGUGUAAUCUAUUGAAAACCAGUUAUCGAAAGAUUUUGCUUAUACAUGAUAGUAGCUUAUUACGGCAGUGUCCGUUAGUGUUUAUUUAAGGUCGUUGUAUAUACAUUAAGGUCGUUGUUUCAUUCAUAAAAGGAACGAUAGGUGCUCAUUUCUCUCAAGCUUUACUAAUGUAUUUAGAUUUUUAGGUUCUUACUAUUUCCUACUUCACACGUCUUCCUUCUGUGUAAGGAAAUUUUAUGAAAUGCCUCAAAAUAAGUGCCUGAGAACCUGUCACAUACUUGAUAAUGUGUUUAUAUUCAGUCAGUGAAUGUCAGAUACUUGGCAUUAUGUAAUAUGCAGUUUGUGAAUACUUGAAAUUACGUUGAAUUUAGUACUGUUGAUCUGUCAGAGGUUUAUAAUCAUGUGAUAUUCAGUCUAUAAUAUUGAUAUUCACGUGCUGUACUCUUUCUGAAUUAUUCUGAGAGAGUUACAUUUCAUAUUACAUAUUUUUUACAAUCACUAAAUAUUCUGUGAUCUCGAGUGGAAAUAAUUUCGGAGUGCCUGCACGUGUGAGUGUCUGUAUGUUUGCACAACAAAAAUCAUUUCGCAUUAUUACUAUUUAAGAUUUUAUUACCAAACUUUGCCCAGUAUUCACGCCAGUACAGUAUUCAUGUACUUAAGGAAAAUCUUUUCAUAUUACAUUCAGAUGCCAUUUACGUCUUGUUUGAAUCAAUUCCAUAUUAUCCCUUAUAAUUGUUGUUCUUUUCUUGUUUUAUCUGUUCAUAAUUCCACGGACAAUAUUUUACGCGUAUGACAUCUUACACAAUUCUAUCAUUUAUGAAACUAAUGGCAUUCCGUGUUAAUCUGUUAGUAUUUACAAACAAAGUGAAGUUUUUUUAGAAUUACUCAACAGGAACGAAUUAAUACUAAUGACAAAAUACUGUAAUAAAAAAUAGAAAAAACGGA